AUGAAACGCGCCGUACCCUACGAAGACACGAGAAUAGCCAAAAAAGCACGAAUAUCGGAAGACGCUUUUGAUGAGGCCCUCGAGUGUAGUGUCCAGGACCUGUAUCGCUCCGACACCGAUGGGACUGGCUUUUUACGCGCGAAAGUGUUCAUGAUCUGGCCCACAGUCAAUGGUCAACUGAGAAUACAAGUCCGAGUGGUGGUCGACUCAAAGCAAGUUGGGUUCGAAGUGACUUUCUCUGGACAAUGUGCCGAGUACUUCAGCAGGGAGCAUCUGCACUUCCACUCGACGGAUGAAGUACUGCUAUCGUUGCGUGGUGCGGAAGUACAGAAGAAGAAGCCAUCUACGAGCCCGACUACAUUCCCUAUAUCACUUCGAUACGCUGAAGGGACAAUGAUAAAGUUCAUCAAGACUGUUCGUUGGGGAGAUGAGGAACGUGUGGUUGAUACUUGGAAGCUUAAGGCCGAAGAGCCCGACUGGUUCAAAAGUCCUAGCCCCGUCGACGACGUUAACGAAGUUAUCUCGAAGCCUGAAUUCAAACCCAUUGUUCCCCGUAAACGGGUCGAUACCCAUAUAUCAUCGCGAACGCCUUCGAAUGAACACUCACCAGUAGGUCGACACUCCCCGCCAUCGAAGGCAGUGGUUGACAGAUCAGACGACGCUCAAGAUGCCCACAAGCUACAGAAAGGAAAACGUGCUCCCUCUCCGCCGGCACAAGGGUCUUCUACUCGUGAAAGACCUCCAAGGGCUGUUAAAAUGUCGAAACGACAAAAGAAAGUCGACAGACUGGCGCAAAAACAUCCCAACGGCGUCUCGGCUAAGGAAAUAGCUGAUGGGACGCGUGCUGAAGAACCCAUACCUAACCCCCCCACGAGGGAUGACACUCCAGCUACCUGCGGUAGUGUACGCCAUGAAGAGCCCGGGAAGGUUGACAUUCAGGCAACCAAUGGCAGUAAACACCCUGAAGAACCUGGACUGAAUACUUCCGCAACUCCUACCGUGGAAAGUGCUAGUACCAAACCUCCAGAGUUGCGUGUUGGAUUUACGAAUGAUGUUGGCGACAAAUUUUCUCCGCUUGCCGAUUUGAAGCAAGUGGGAGUGUUCUGCAAUGUUGUCGGCGUCGUUGUGAGGUGCACCCCAGCGGAGAAAUCUCGCAAAGGAGAUUUCACUUGCACUAUCUCCAUUGUCGACCCGACGUGUUACUCGACGAUCUCGUACGAUCUGGCUCCUUCUGAAGGAUUCAUAAUUACCUGCUUCACAGGACGCUACAAGGAGUGGCUUCCAGCCGCUGCUCAGCGGGGCGACAUUUUAAUCUUGUACGGAUUGAAGACGUCGGAGUGGAAUGGUUCUGUGCGAGGGACGGGCUUCAAGAAUCGCUUGAAAUGGACAAUAUAUAGUCCAGCUUCACAGACAACUCACCACGGCCACUUGGACACAUCUGUCGUUCCGUUGUCAGAAGGUGCUGAUGGCGGCUUUGGUCUUGCAUUUACUCCAUUCCGCAGCCCGACGGCCGCAGAAAUUGCGUAUUGCAAGGGAUUAUCUCAUUGGUGGGAGGGGGUUGUUAAAUCGAGAGAGGAAGCGCAAAAAGAGGUCACCGUCAUUGGGAACUACGGCGGGGAAAUAUACCAGCGACCAACCCAACGAUGGUCCCGAGUACAUCGCCUGAUUUCUGAUGCUCAUCCCGACGCCCCUCCUUCGGGUUACUUCGACUGUACGGUAGAGGUCUUAUACGGCAUCCUCAACGAUGGCGGCUCCGGGGUUUACAGUUUGUUUGUCACCGACUACACUGCGAACCCGGCCAUGUAUCCUGUACAAGCCGAUUGGGCUCCAUCGGAUCUGAUGGAUAGCAUCUUGAAAAUAGAAAUGUGGGAUAAUGCAGCACCGAUGGGCCCUACUAUGGAGCAAGGGCAAUACUACUCUAUGAAGAAUGUCCGGGCGAAAGUGAACAACGCAGGCUAUCUCGAGGCAAAGAUAGUAGAGCCGAAGAUAUCUCACGUAGGGGAAGGGGAGGACGAUAUGCACUUGAAAGCCCUUUUAGAGCGUAAGAAGGCAUGGCAACAGAACAGUUCCUCGACCGAUGGGACUCGUGUGUAUCCACAUCAGCUUCUUCGGGAUAUACAAGACGGCCAACGGUUUACAUGCACAGUCGAAGUUUUGUACGUUGACUCCGGUGCACACGGUGCCAAUGCCUUCAUAUAUGUCACCGACUACACCUUAAACCCCAUGCUGACGUCGUCCCACCCCCUGGAGGCGUGGGCAAGCGAUUUAGAAGGCCAAGUACUCAAAGUGCAAUUGAGUGAUGGUCAGGCUGCGACGGGCAAACGUCUGGAGGCCGGUUCAUUCUGUCAACUCCGUAAUGUCAGAGUCAAGAGUAGUUAUGCCACCGACGGUAUAAGGGGUUAUUUAGGGGGUGAACAGAGGUUAAUCAUGAAGCUACAACGGGAGUCUGAGUCUGAUGACAUGAAGAGUCUUCUGACACGCAAGGAUGCUUGGAGUGGCCAAUCUUCUACCAUUGUCACCAAGCUACUGCUAACUACGAAUGUGCCAACGCCGCUUUCUCCUCCCAAUCUCGCGCCAAGCAGACGGAAGCCUUAUGUGUCGAUAGAGAAGGGAAAGGCUGGUUCGAGUGACUUUUAUGUCCUAGGUCGCGUCAUUGACUUCUGGCCAUCUGACGUGGAGGAUUUCGUGCUAUUAUACUGCUCUAAUUGUCGCACGAACAUCCCUAAAUCACAGAAAGCAUGUUUAGAAUGUGUCGAUAUGGACCACGAAUUUGUUCAGUUCCAUUAUCGGGUUUUCUUGCGCUUACAAGAUGAAGAUGGAGGUACCUUGGAUGUUAUUGUCACGCACAAGUCCCCGCUUCUGAGUCAAGUCAAGCUUGCUGAUCUACACGAAGACGCGUCUGCAGUGAAGAGUGUUAUUGAUCGCUUGGCCCCGUAUUUUGGGAACCUUCUCCAGGUCCACGAUUCAUGGACUAAGGGAAUGCGUUUGGUCAUCGACACCCCUUAUUUUUAUUGGAAGAUUACUUCCAGGGAACUACCCUUGAACGAUAGCUCAACAUUUGUAUAUUAUCUCAUAGAUGUCAACGAGUGCACGUAA